AUGAAAGGCUUCUUAAUAUUUGUGCUGCUGGAAGUUUUUGAACUUUUAUACGCACAGAAAGGUACAUCAUUUCGCCUCUUUACAAACGAGAAAGAAACUGGGCCCGAGUUAGCUUUCGAAAAGACUGCUGGGAUUGUGGGGACUUCUGGGAUUCUGGGAUACUGGGGACGCGCCGGUCAGCUAUUGGUCAAUUUUUUCCCUGUCUCCAAUAAGAGACCCAGAAGUCUUUGCGAAAGUUAACUCGGCCCAUGCUUCAAUGGCUCAUAACGAAUUGUAACCUUGAGUAUCAAACGCAGGUUUCUAACAAAAGUGUACGAUUUUUACCUGCAGUUUAUGAUUACCUCGGUUGUUGGAAAUAUGUUACCAGCAAUGACAGCAAGUUUCUUCCGAAAAUCAUCUUAUCACCUGCAAAGAAUCACGUUUCAGCAGUACAUGACUGUGCUCUAGCUGCGCGCUCGCGUGGGAUCCCUGUGUUUGGAAUAAGAAACAGUUCGGAAUGCUUGGGUAGCGUACACUCCGCACUAACCUACAUGAGGUAUGGUCCAUCUAAUGAGUGUUACAAUGGCACAGGGGGACCAACAGCUAUGGACGUCUACAGUUUGGAAGGUAAUUACAACACAGAAUUCGAUUUGGACGCACAAUAUCAACAACAACAAUUUCUGUAAUUUUUCUUGAUUACACUUUCUUGUCACGCAGUUGCCAAAGGAGCUAGUCGUGGCGUGUCAAAAUUGCCGAGAUCAACGUUUCUGCAAUCUGUCUGUUUGGCAAGUGUCCAAGACUCUUUCCAAACUCGAUUAUUUAGGAUAAACUCUAUUCGAAAUUAACGACUGCUUCAUCCCAUAUAACUAACUAUUAUAUUAUUUUCCUUUUAACAACAUCUUCAUUUUUUAAUUUUCCAUUGUUGUUAAAAACUGUAAUUUUUAUGUCAUAUGUGUUUUUUUUUACACCACAACGUAAGUUGGGCAAUUGAAUCUCAGGAAAAUGAUAGUUUCAUACAAUAAAUCGUCAUUUUUGUUUGUUUGAAUGAGCUGCAUUGCGCUCCAUUCUCUCUGAAUGAGUGCCAUUCGAUUUUGAGAAAAACAGGAGGGAAAGUAGAAAACUCCACAGAGCAAAUUCUCAUUGACAAAAUCAGUCUGUAAUGUUAGGUGCUUUUAUCACCAGGAAACAAACGUCACUUACGCGUAGACGAAGAGCAGGAAAAAAGAAACUUUAUCUAUGAUCUCUACAGCUCUACAUAUGCAAUAAAAAAGAACGACUUUGCUCAGAAUAUUCCAUCAAAUGCUGCCAGACACCCAUUGGUUAAAGGUGGUCACGUGAGACCGGUAAUGCUGCAGCCUCUCUUUAAGGAAAUCGACGAACGCGAUUUUGGUGGUAGGUGAUUAUCUGCGUGCGCAAGCAAUUUCACUUACAGAUCUUUUCACUUGACGUCACGGCGGCCAUUUUGGUGCACAAAAUAAUGAAUCGAUGGCCAUGUUGGUUCUGUACCAAAAACAUCCUGUGGGGAUUGAAGCCUUUUCUUUUCUUAUGCAAAACCUUCUUUUCCAAGAAAUUUUCUGCUGCUGACCACGUGAGUGAGAACAAUGUAUAAACAGUAGCUGGUUGAAGCAGGGGCUAGGCAAGGAGGGGGCGGGGAGAGUAACGUACGAGCUGGUCACCUCAGAGAUUGAGUGGUAGCUAGGUGUUAGGCUAUUAGCUUAAAGACGCUUGUCAAUUUUAGGGAAUUUUACGCUUCUUAUUAGCUUUAGAAAGGCGCGCAAAAUGGAACAAUCGAAGUGCAACAGCUCAUUAUCAAAGCAACUAAUUAGAACUGACAAAUAAUCUAAUUGCGUCUUGCUCCGAUAGUCCCCUACUUGGACCCACAAGCUACUGACAUGCUUGGUUUAAUUUCUAUAAGUGGUUUCCUUGAAAAUGAUUUACUUUGGGGAUUAUUAAUUCGUCUUUGAAUUUUCAGCAUACAGACCUCCAGUGAGUGGAACGAAUAUUCUGACCAAUCCAAGCUUUGAGGAUCCGUUGAUUAAUGACCCGGUAAAAGGUUGGAGCUGUCAGGGUGAGACGGAUGAUCCUCGGGGCGGUGUUAUUGCACGGUAUACCCAGGAAUAUCCAAAACAAGGGCAAUACAGUGGGAUUUGUCUGGCUCGAUUGUCUGAAUGGGCAGGACCUGGACAGUAUGUAGGUGAGCCAAGUGAAUUCCUACAACUGUAACAAUUGUAAAUUCCUCUCGUCAAUUGUUAUGAUUUGUCCCCUUCGUAGUGCACCUGCAAUCCGUGACAUAAGAACUUGGGUCAAUUGAAGGAAUAACGUUGACGUGUUGUGCUCCUUGUGCGCGACCUCCUUUUCCCUGUUCCUUUCAAUGUUGGCCUCGAACUUGGACAAUUCCACCGAAAAAACGAUUACAAAACAACAUUGGAAUAGAGAAAGACAGGUAUCAGAGCAGUGUGACCCAACUUGAAUGUCCUUGAUUGUGUGUGUUAUAGCGAAAAACAACCAUAUCGAGGAAAAUUUAAUUGUCUGAAAUAAUGAAUGUCUGAAUGAGUGAGACGAUGGCUAAACUCAUAGCUGCUAUCCUAGGCUCUGACUGAUUUUUUUUUUUUUUUUUUUACAGGAAACAGAGUUUUGCCAGGUCGAGUCUACAAGUUCGAAGGAUGGACAAAGCUUUUGGAUCGCAAACGAACAGGAGACAUUCACAGUCUUGAGCUGUGGCUCAGGUAUAAGAAAAGAGGAGAUAAAGAACAGAAAAAUAAACUGCUCGCUAAAAGGACUAAAUAUUCACAAGGUAAAUAUGAAUAAAUGAUAAAAAGCAUUCAGUACGACUUUGAUCAUGUUCUUCUUAUUAGUAUUGCCAUGAUUUUUUAAAAGCUUCACCCUAAAAGUUUCAUUUAGCUGGAAGCAUGAAGCGGUAGGUGUGAGAUCGAAAAAUAGAUGGCCAUGAAAACGACAUUGAAAUUCCAACUCGGUCAAUGUCCCCCCGGAACUCUUCCUCUAUCUUACCAGCGCGCAGGGGGGAGAGGGGGAGGCGGAGGUGAAGGUGCUCCCCUUAUAUCAGAGACGUCUAGGCUAACCUGAGAUCAGGCUCCAUUUUCGUUUCGUAAGAAAAUUUAAAGAAUGCGUGAGAACUGCUAAAAUUGGGCCUGAUCUCAGGUUACGUCUGGGCAGACUAGGCUGAAUUGACUUGAAAGGCUAGUAUUCAUAAUAACUGUCAUACCACUGGUGCAAAUUAUUUACGCUAUUAUCUGCUGUUGAAGAACACCAGAAUUAGUAAAAAUAUUUCAGAAAACAUAUUUCCUUACAUUCUAGACUACGGCUGGGUGCGCUGGCAGACUGCGUUUGAGAUUCCGCUCGCCAGAGCAGGAUUUCAGUUCGUCUUUAUUUACUUCAAAGGACCAAAGCCAACUGUCGAUAUUCUAUUGGAUGACUUGUAUCUUGAGGAAAUACUGCAACCAUCUGACUGGAAAAGGAACAGUGAUAUUUUGAUCAAUAAAUACAGGAAACGAAACAUUCAAUUCAGGUUUGGAAUGAGUUUGGUUUUAUGAAAAUGAACUCAAUUCUGUCGUUUUCUUUUAAGUUGUUUUAUCUCAUUAUAAGUAAUUUAUGGAUUUUUUUCAGAGUGAAUAUCACAGGCUCUCGUUAUACUUCAGAUCUGCUCCCAAAACUUAAGAUCAAAGUAAGUUCGAUACGUUAGCGGACAUUUAGGCUGUGUUUAAAUUAUACAAUUUCUGAUCUUUCUGUAAAUCAAAAAUGUUCAGUAGAGACACUAGCGACCUUUGGUUAUGUUUACUUGGGUUUUCUCAUGUAGCUUUGACUCUGAGGAUGUAUAAUCAUCCAAAUGAAGCCUACUAAGCAGUCCUUUUCCUAUACAUUGACCACUCCAAAGAAAGCCGUUCAGAAGCACGUUUCCAAACAAUGUCCCUAUCCAUUCAUUGGGAUAAUUGGGUUCUGGAUGCAUGAUGCUGUAGUAAACAUACAAUGUACUAGCAAGUCUCCCAACCAGAAAACACGAAAUUUCAGCUGUUUUAUUCUCUUUUUUAAUGUUCUAUUCUAUUCAUACUCUAACUGGUUUACAAGCGCAUUGACGUGUAAAAGUUUGUCGCCUGGUUUAUGCGCAUCUUCAAAUGACCCGUGUGUAAAACAUGACGUUUUUUUUCCCUUAGGUAAAACAGAAAUCGCAUCUUUUUGCCUUUGGUGCUGCAGUGAAUAGUAACUUUCUGCUGCACAAACCCGAAUAUCACGAUUUUUACCUGAAAAACUUUCAUUGGGCCGUCCUGGAAAGUUCGUUAAAAUGGGGUUACGUCGAACCUAAAUUGGUGAGUUAUUUACUAGAGUCAUGACUUUUUUCAAACACGUACUCAGAAACUACUUAUUUGCUUUGUGGGCAUUAGAAAACGGGAUACUUAAAGGGAUUGAAGCAAAUCGAUAUCAUAUGAAUUACUCCUUCUCGUGUUUGAUAAAUUACUUCUAAGUGUUUGGGUAUCAGAUAAAACACUCCUUCUUGUAUUUGGACAUCAGAUGAAACACUUCUCCUCGUGCUUGACAUGUAACUUCUCAGUGUUUGGAUAUCAGACAGAUCAAGCACUCCGUCGACUCGUGUUUAAAAUAUCACUCCUCGGUGUUUACGUAUGAAAUAAAACUCUCCUUCUCGUGUUUGAUAAACUACUUAGAGGUGUUUGGUUAUCUGUUGAAACACUCUUUCGCGUGCUGAUUAUCGCUUCUCUGUGUUUGGGAAUCAGUUUAGAUAUUGCUUUGGUGUUUGGGUAUUAGAUGAAACACAAUGCUGCUUAUCGUGUUUGACAAGUGUUUGGAUACCACAUGAAACAAUACUUGUCGUGUCAAACGAAUUACUCCAUUUGCUACUAUUUUGUUGUUCUUAGAGUCGAAAUAUGCAAAAUAAAAAGCAAAUUUACUAUUCUAACUGCACUGUGUGUUAUAACUGACGCACCGUUUGCGUUUUGAACUUAUUUUAGGUACCUUUCGCUUCAGGGUCACAUAAGUUAUGACAUUGCGGAUAAAGCUGUGGCUUUUCUCCAAGCUAACAAGUAAGCCAACUCAAGGUUGUCCUUGUUAUACCACUAUGAUGAUAGCGCUUCCUGAUAACUCUACUUGUACACCUAACAUGCAUGUCAAUCUAAAUUUUGAAACCUAUUGAUUAUUGAAUAGGUACCAGAAAUUCAUGCCCUAUUUAGACUUACUCUCCCCCUCUCUCAAUAAGAGAAAAAAGGGAGCUCUCGACUGCACGCUGAGAUGCCUCGUAAUGCGCGGUUAAGAUGCAUUUUCUUGUUCACAAACUGUGAUAAAUGCUGCAAAAUAUGUGAUUUUUUGCGAUUUUUUGUAUAUUUUUUCUAGUUUUGCGAAUUCUAUAGCCGUUUUUUAGAGACUUCUUCAAACGUAUGUGCGUUUUCCCUAAUUUUCUUUACCUUCAUCCCUGGUAGAAAUGUUUGUGUUAAAUCAGUCCUGAAGGUAACGUUUGGUCAUUUCACUCAUAAUAUUUAUGUCACAUUGUUUACGUUUUAGCAAGAUGAUCCGUGGCCAUUGCGUUUUCUGGGCGGUCGACACAGAGGUUCCAUUUUGGGCGAAGAAGCUCCCCAACGAUAAGCUCAAGAAAAAGAUGAAGGAAAGAUUACAAACUCUUCUCUUUAGAUAUCGAGGACGGUGAGUCAGUGCUCCUAUCCUCUUUUAAAAAACAGAUUGUUUUCGAAAUAUGUUGUUCGUACAUGAGGAAUUCCGAGUUUCCCUUAGCGGUACCUAGCUAUGCACGUCAGUAGAAAGGGCUUGCAAAAAGAAGAAACUUGGAACAUGUUUUACCUUUCUGGAAAUUGGGCAGCCCUGUUUCAACACUUUCUAAAGGAAUGAAAAAAGCCUUAAGCCUCUCUGACGUAAAAGACUAACCCUACCUGUUACGUUUGUAGCUUUAUGCAAUGGGAUGUUAACAAUGAAAUGCUACAUGGUUCUUUUUUUCGCGGAUCGCGAAGGAUUAGCCAUCCGAGACUGGAUGUACUUAACAGCGGCUAG